AUGCCCUUCCUCGCGCUCCCCGUCAACCCCUCGCUCCUCCGCUUCCACCCCGACUCGGUGAUCCUGCACUACCUCCUAUCCACGCCUUCGCACCCAACCUUCGUUCACGCACGCACCUCGUCCACCCUCCUCGCCUCGUCCCUCCUCCCCACAUCGCCGCUGACGCCGACCUCGCACCGACCCCCUCAAAACGCGGUGCAACUCGACCCGCGCUACCCAAUCCUCCUCUUCCUGCCAUCGGAGUGCUUUUCCGUCGCACACCUGUUCGCCUCCCAACUAGCAGAUCCGACCCUCUCCUCCCGAUUCAACCUCCUCGCCCUCGACCCGCGCGGUCAUGGGUUGACCAAAGACGUUCCCAUCCCCGCCGAGGGCGGGAAGUACGAUCUGGACAUCAAAGCUGCCGACUGCCUGGAUUUUCUGCGACUGCUACUGGGUGGGAAGGAGCACUGGGAGAGAGGCAUCCAUGUGGUGGCGUGUAGCAUGUCCGGUCUGGUCGCUGCGCGGAUGGCGGCCGUGUGGAAGGGUGGGUUCGAGAGUGUGGUGAUCACCAGCCCGAUUUUGGAGGCCGAGAGCGGGUUCAUGAUUGAGAGUUUCCAAGGGAUCAAGGAGCUACUCGAAGAGUCGUGGCAGAGCGUCCAUCGAGGCGAAUCUGAACAGCAACCCGGAUCACGAACGGGAGAGCAACUCGGAACGCAACUCGGGCAACGGCGCCCGUCACACCCACCCAUCAAGCUACCCGGGGAGGUGGUGCAAGGCUUCACCUACCGUUGGGCUGGUAGUCUCGAAAGCAUCCCGCAGCACAUCUCGUCCUACCUCUCGCGCACCUGGCUCGACCGGCUCGUUCUUCACCCACAGGGCUUAGAGGCGGCGAGAGAUUGGUGGUUCGACCUGUACUGGUUGCGCUCUGCCAUCCCGGCCAAGGUGCUGGAGAAAGUGAGGUGCAGAGUGCUCGUCGUGGAGGGCGAUACAGAUUUGCCGUACGAGCGCAAGGUGGGCGAGGAGGUGGCGGGGCUGUUUGUAGGGGCAAAAGAGAGGAAAGUGGUGACGGUGGAAAAGGCGCCGAUUUUGUUGAGCGUGAUGCGCGGCGAGGAGCUGACGAGGAUCCUGUGCGACUUCUUGCCGCAUGAAGGGGUGCCGGCGGUGGAGGAGAACGAGCGAGGUGGAAUGGAAGCUCUGUGCAACCUGGAACCGGAGGAACGGUUCGAACUGGUCAAAGUAUACGCACCCGACUUGGUCGCGGAUUUGGACGACGACGACGACGACGAUGACACCGAGGAAAGCAACGAUGAAGGUGAUGUGCCGACCUCGCCGAUCAAGUUGCGGCUGCACAACUUGCCGUCUGGAACGAUGUUCAGCGCUGGCGGAGGACUGACGACGACAAGAACCAAAAGGACAGGCUCGGCGUCCAGCACUGGGGAUCGGUAUCCGCUCUCGAUGAGGAGGUCGCCGAGUGAGGGUGCGGAAGGGGUGCUGGUUAGGACGCUGCAGGAGACGAAUCUUCGAUAG